AUGUUAAGAGUGCAAGGCUUCGACCCACCAGAGCCUCUACAAGAGGAAGUUUCCGGCAAUUUGCUGGUAUAUGACACCGGCGGAAUGCUUUCUCAGGUCAUCAACUUCCCAUCCUGGCCUGUAGCCACCGCCGACAUCUUCAAUGAUCAGAUCAAUCCAUAUUAUAAAUGGCCACCAAAACAGCUACAAACAGUAGCAAAUGAGGCUGAGGUAGCCAUUUUGGGGGAAGUGGAACAUGUUGAUGAUAAUGAUUGUGGUAAUAUAGUGAGUAAUCAUCAGUUUUUGAGCAUUAAUUCAGUCUCAUCAACAAAUUCUAUGCAGUUUUCUUCCAUGAACACUCAAGUCAAAUCAUCUUCUCCUUCCGGUACAUCAUCUUCUCUGAACUUGUUAUUCCCAAACUCAUCAGACUCUCAGCUUCAAGGGUUUCACUUGGUAGGUUCAGAUGUUACAGCCAGCAUGAACCGUCCGGCUCAACUCUCUUGGGGUCCUGGUAGCAGCUGUGGAAGGUUAGUGGAGGGUCAAGGUCUUUCUCUGUCAUUAUCGUCUUCAUUACAGAACUUGGAAGCUGCUGCAAAACUAGAGGAAUUGAGGGUGGGAAAUAAUGGGAUUUUCUUCUGUAAUCAUGGAGAGGGGCCUUCUAUGAAUCCAUAUGAAUCAAAGAACUUGGAGAUUAAUCAACAACUAUUACAUUCACAAGGAAUUAGAGAACACAAUUCUCAAGUUCUAGUUGGGUUUGCAGCAACUCAGAGAACUGAGAAUGGUUUGAGAAAUUCUAGGUAUUUGAAGGCUGUUCAGGAAUUGCUGGAAGAGUUCUGCUGUGUUGGAAGGGGCCACUUCAAAAAUCAGACUCUCAAGAAGCAUAACAGAACCCAUAAUUCUAAUUUAGACAAUCAUAGUGGUGCUUCUUCAGCCGUUACUUCAUUGAAGGACCACCCACCAUUAUCAGCUACUGCAAAGUCUGAAUACCAGAGGAAAAAGCUUCAGUCCCAGCUUUACAGCCAUAACCAGGCCAACUCUACAACUGAAAUCACCAGCACGUUGAAGUCCAAAUCGAAAAGGUGUUUCUUCUUCAAAUUCUAUGUCCCAAAGCUUCCACUAACACAUCAAAUCUUCAAAGGGGCAUGA